AUGCCCAACCAGGAGAACGACAUUGAAGGACGCGACCCAUUGGCAUCUCCUCAACCCGACAAAGGUGCUAUCGACGACGCAGAGCACCAGCAACUCGCCGAAAUUCUGUCCUUAACAAUGUCGAAACGGACACCUCGAUUCGAUCUCCCUUCUCCUCUGUCCAACGUCCGCAUGGCGGAAUAUUCAACAACGGUCGCUGUUGCGCGUCACCAGGCAUACUCCGACUAUUCUCCCUACACGAGUUCCCCGUCCACCGCUGUCAACAGUCGGGCGCCUUCGCCGACGAAGGAGCUUGACGAGGAAGAUGACCCGGUCACUACUUUCGACCGCCUGAAUUGGCGUUUGGCAAGUGGUUUCUUCGCGUGUUUCAUGGGUGGCUGGGCCGACGGAGUGACUGGAACUGUCAUGCCAUACCUUUCUGCGGAAUUCAAUCUAACGUCGACACUUUCGUCCUCUCUGUUCGCUGCAUCGACCUGCGGCUUCUUUGCCGGUACAUUCCUCGUUGAAACCAUCUUGAAAUUUCUUGGCCGCUUUCAAGUCAAACGCAACACAAGGUCAAUAUUUGUGCUCUUUCCGGUUUUCAGUAAACGACAUGCCUUCAACGACGACUAUGGACACUCGGACACUCAGGCCCGUUUCCUGGUCCUGGUUGUUGCCAGCGUGAUUCAUGCCAUGUAUUUCAUUAUGAUGGGUUCAAGGAGUGGAUUCCCUGUCAUGUUCCUAGCCUACGUGCUUUCAGCAUUCUCGCGAGCGUUGCUUACCGCUCCUUUAAAUGCUUUCUUUGCUGCGGGUCCCAAGCAGGCCCUUGGUUACGGACUCGGUCUUGCAAGCUUUGGCAGUGUUGCAUCUCCUCUUGUCUGUCAGUCGAUUAUUGCCAUAGGCGUGCCAUGGUAUCACUUCUACUAUGGUUCGCUUGCUCUCUCUGCUUUCAACAUCGCCUUUCUGGCAUCCAUGUUCAGGCCUACGCCCAGCGAGUCGUACAGAGAGCGUCAGGAUGCUCUGGGGGAAGCUCGUUUCCAGAAAAGCCAACACCUUCGUUCCGGACGUUCUUCUCCCGUGAACGAUAUUGAGAACCCAGCAGCUUCGACUAUCAAAUUUAACUUUGGGGCGAAACCCCGCAGCGCUCUGCGUCUCGCUCUUUCCAUGCCUUAUCAGUGGGCAUUAUCGUCCUUCAUUCUGCUUUACUGCGGCAGCGAGACGACAACCCAGGGUUUUACAGUGACGUACCUCCUCCAGACUAGGCACGCAAACGAAAAAACAGUUGGGUAUGUCACCUCAGGCUUUUGGGCUGGCAUCAGCGUAGGGAGAUUCAUCUGGGGAUAUUGUAUUCCGUCCCUCACAUUCACCCAACGCAAAUACACUGUGCAUGCCUGCAUAAUGGUUGCAGUCAUUAUGCAUCUGCUCGUCUGGUUCAUCAAAUCCAACAUCCAGAAUGCUGUAUCAACGAGCCUGAUUGGCGUCUUAUAUGGACCCAUCUUCCCUGCGUGCUUGAGCAUGGCCAACGAUAUCCUGCCCGAAGAAGUCCACAUGGCGGCAAUGGCGUUGAUCUCAUCGUUUGGCAGCCUUGGAGGAGCGAUCUUCCCCCUAAAGACCGGAGCCAUUUUGGACGCAAAAGGCAUCCAAACGCUGACAUACGUCACUGUGCCUCUCGCUGCAGCGAUCGCCUGCCUUUGGACCCUGUUCCCUUCACGUUUACCCUGCAAGACUACCCUUGUCUAG